AUGGUAGUCAGAAGGUCAGGUGAAAGGGAAAUCAAGGAGGAAGACAAAAUGCAAGGUCUUCUAUUUAUCCUACAAUUGUCAGCAUAUACACCAACUUCUAGUACAACAGUUGGUGUCAACAAUUCACAUCGUAAUGGAACCACCGAACUUCCAGCCAUGGACUCACUGAGUGAUUUGUCAUCGCCUUGGCAAUCUGAUAUUCUGGAUGAAGAUAACAUUCAUUUCGGCGCUGAUGGAGAUGAUAGAAUUUCACGAGAACAAAGUUCGCCUAGUUCUGCUCUUGAUAUCGUCAACCCAACACCUUAUUGGCCACUCGAAAAUAGCAGCGAUUUUAGGGGUGUUGCAGGAAGCAACCAAAAUCCUAGAGAGCAGAUAUCCAAUAUACCAGAACAUGGUGCGGCACAGACGACAAUAAUCCCAUCGAUUAGCAGUCGGUCGGGUGGUUUUGCAGAAAACAAAAGCACACCAGAAGAAACCAUUUCUCACUCCACAGCGCUUGGGGUCGCUAACAUAACAACAAAGGAAUCAGGGCUGGUUGGCGAAGCUGAAGAGGAAUCAGGGCUGGUUGGCGUAGUUGUAGAGAAAUCAGGGCUGGUUGGCGUAGUUGUAGAGAAAUCAGGGCUGGUUGGCGUAUCUGAAGAGAAAUCAGGACUGGUUGGCGUAACGAAAGAGGAAUCAGGGCUGGUUGGCGUGGCUAAAGAGGAAUCAGGGCUGGCUGGCGUAGCUGAAGAGGAAUCAGGGCUGGAUGGCGUGGUUGUACAGAAAUCAGGGCUGGUUGGCGUAGUUGUAGAGAAAUCAGGGUUGGUUAGCGUAGCUGAAGAGAAAUCAGGGCUGGAUGGCGUAGUUGUAGAGAAAUCAGGGCUGGUUGGCGUAGUUGUAGAGAAAUCAGGGUUGGUUGGCUACCUGUAUAGGCAUCAGGGACUGGUUGGCGUAAUUGUAGAGAAAUCAGGGUUAGUUGGCGUAGCUGAAGAGGAAUCAGGGCUGGUUGGCGUAUUUGUAGAGAAAUCAGGACUGGUUCUCGUAGUUGUAGAGAAAUCAGGGCUGGUUGGCGUAGCUAAAGAGGAAUCAGGGCAGGUUGGCGUAGCUGAAGAGGAAUCAGGGCUGGUUUGCGUAGCUGAAGAGGAAUCAGGGCUGGUUGGCGUAGUUGUAGAGAAAUCAGGGCUGGUUGGCGUAUUUGUAGAUAAAUCAGGACUGGUUCUCGUAGUUGUAGAGAAAUCAGGGCUGGCUGGCGUAUCUAAAGAGGAAUCAGGGCUGGUUGGCGUAGCUAAAGAGGUAUCAGGACUGGUUGGCGUAGCUAAAGAGGAAUCAGGGCUGGUUGGCGUAUCUAAAGAGGAAUCAGGGCUGGUUGGCGUAGCUAAAGAGGUAUCAGGACUGGUUGGCGUAGCUAAAGAGGAAUCAGGGCUGGUUUGCGUAGCUGAAGAGGAAUCAGGGUUGGUUGGCGUAGCUAAAGAGGAAUCAGGGCAGGUUGGCGUAGCUGAAGAGGAAUCAGGGCUGGUUGGCGUAGUUGUAGAGAAAUCAGGGCUAGUUGGCGUAGUUGUAGAGAAAUCAGGGCUGGUUGGCGUAGUUGUAGAGAAAUCAGGGCUGGUUGGCGUAGUUGUAGAGAAGUCAGGGCUGAAAUCAGGACUGGUUGGCGUUGCUAUAUUUCAAUCAGGACUGGUUGGCGUAAUUGUAGAGAAAUCAGGGUUGGAUGGCUUAGCUGAAGAGGAGUCAGGGCUGGUUGGCGUAGUUGUAGAGAAAUCAGGACUGGUUCUCGUAGUUGAAGAGGAAUCAGGGCUGGUUGGCGUAGCUAAAGAGGAAUCAGGGCUGGUUGGCGUAGCUGAAGAGGAAUCAGGGCUGGUUGGCGUAAUUGUAGAAACAUCAGGGCUGGUUGGCGUAGCUAAAGAGGAAUCAGGGCUGGUUUGCGUAGCUGAAGAGGAAUCAGGGCUUGUUGGCGUAACUAAAGAGGAAUCAGGGUUGGUUGGCGUUGUUGUAGAGAAAUCAGGGCUGGUUGGCGUAGUUGUAGAGAAAUCAGGGCUGGUUGGCGUAGCUGAAGAGAAAUCAGAGCUGGUUGGCGUAGCUAAAGAGGAAUCAGGGCUGGUUCGCGUAGUUGUAGAGUAA